AUGGCGCAACAUGCAGCCGCACUGUCUCGUCGCGCGCCUCAAGACCUUAUUGUCGACAAUGACAUUGUGCGGAUAGGUCUUGGCGAUGUCAAGAACGGCGGCACCACACCCGUCGGCACAAGUGUCUACAACAUCCUCAUGGGAACAGAAGCUGGCGAUUCGGAUGCGGCUGGAUACAAGCCACCAGGCAUAGUUGGUACCAAGGCAUGUAAGGCUGACACAUGCUGCGUCUGGUGGUGGAUAGCUCAGGCGAUGACUGUUGCCUUCACUGGACCUACCGGUCGAUGCAAUGGCUUCGCUCGUGCAGCCAUACGCUUGGGCUUUCACGAUGCAGGGUCAUGGUCAAGCUCUCUUGCCGCUGCUGGUCAAGACUUUGGUGGAGCUGAUGGAAGCAUUGUCUUAUCAGGCACAGAGAUCAAUAGAGCAGACAACAACGGCCUGCAAGCCAUUGCCAACCAAGCUUUAAUCUGGUCUAAGCUGUUCAAUGUCGGUGUAGCCGAUAUCAUCCAGUUUGGAGCUAAGCAUGCCGUUGUCACCUGUCCCUUAGGUCCACGCACCCGUGUGUUCGUUGGCCGCAAGGAUAGUAAGAAGGCUGCUCCUGAAGGCUUGAUGCCUUCGGUCUCCAUGAGCGCAGACCAAAUCAUCAGCCUCUUCGAGGACAAGACCAUUCAGCCUCAUGAUCUUGCUGCUCUCCUUGGUGCACACAGUACUAGCCAGCAAUUCAACGUCGACAAGACAAAGGCUGGCUUCGGUCAAGAUUCGACACCUGGUGUAUGGGACGUCUCAUUCUACAACGAGACUCUGCAGCCAGGUACAAACAGCAAGGUCUUCAAGUUCCAAAGCGACCUUGUCACGGCGAACGAUUCGCGCGUAAGCGAUGAAUGGCAUGCUUUCAUCGGAGAUCAGAGCCAUUGGAAUGGGGACUACGCCUCCGCUUAUGUCAGACUGAGCAUGCUUGGAGUAAACAACAUCAACAAUCUGACGGAAUGUACACAAGUCAUGCCAGCUGCGAAGAAGACGUUCGCUGGAGCAUCGACACCGGGUCUCUUUGGCAGAUCAUAG